CCCGGCCACCACCAACCUGCAAGGUCAGAUCCGAGAACUUGCGGACGGACGGACGGUCUCUGCCAGCCAAAUAUGGAGUGCUGGGGUCGGUGCAAUAAUCCCUCAGCGUCAACUCUGGAGGCAAUGGGCCACAAGGAAGAGGAUGACUGUAGUUCUUGGAAGAAACAGACCAACAAUAUCCGGAAAACCUUCAUCUUCAUGGAAGUGCUGGGAUCAGGAGCCUUUUCAGAAGUUUUCUUGGUGAAGCAAAGAAUGACUGGGAAACUCUUUGCUCUGAAAUGCAUCAAGAAGACUCCCACCUUCCGAGAUAGCAACUUGGAGAAUGAAAUAGCUGUCUUGAAAAAAAUAAAGCACGAAAAUAUUGUGACCCUGGAAGACAUCUAUGAGAGCUCUACACACUACUACCUUGUCAUGCAGCUGGUCUCUGGUGGGGAGCUAUUUGAUCGGAUCCUGGAGCGUGGAGUUUACACUGAAAAAGAUGCCAGCCUAGUGAUUCAGCAGGUGCUGUCUGCAGUGAAAUAUCUUCAUGAGAACGGCAUCGUCCACCGGGAUUUGAAGCCCGAAAAUCUACUUUACCUCACACCCGAAGAGAACUCCAAAAUCAUGAUCACAGACUUUGGUUUAUCUAAAAUGGAGCAGAACGGGAUCAUGUCCACGGCUUGUGGGACGCCGGGUUACGUGGCUCCAGAAGUGCUGGCCCAGAAACCGUACAGCAAGGCUGUGGAUUGUUGGUCAAUUGGAGUCAUCACGUACAUCUUGCUGUGUGGGUACCCUCCAUUCUAUGAAGAAACUGAGUCAAAGCUGUUUGAGAAGAUCAAGGAAGGUUACUAUGAAUUCGAGUCUCCAUUCUGGGAUGACAUUUCCGAGUCAGCCAAGGAUUUCAUUUGCCACUUGCUGGAGAAGGACCCAAUGGAGCGAUAUACUUGUGAGAAAGCACUGAGGCAUCCUUGGAUUGAUGGCAACACUGCCCUGCAUCGCGACAUCUAUGCGUCCGUCAGUCUCCAGAUCCAGAAGAACUUUGCCAAAAGCAAGUGGCGGCAAGCAUUCAAUGCAGCAACCGUGGUGCACCAUAUGAGAAAGCUACAUAUGAACCUGCACAACCCAAGGACCGUUCCCGAAGCUGGAAUCAGGCUGCCCGUCGUCCAGGGGUCCGAGACGUCCCGGCCCAGCGGCCCCAUGGUCAGCAUCCCCAAGGCCUCCAACCCAGACAAGAGCGCACUGCUUCCCAUGAUGCCUCGGAUGGCCUGCCAGCACCCGGUCCUUCUCCCCGCCCCGGGCGACGCCGUCUCUGACAACAGAUCAGUCAACUGCUUGGUCAACGGCUCCCUGCAGAUCAGCAGCAGCCUCGUCCCCAUGCACCAGCGCCCUCUCAGCGGGAGCCCCUGCAGCUGCUGCUCUAACUGUCUGAAAAGCAGCGAGAAGGGCAAGGCGUCCUUCUGCUCAGAGCCAGUGCUCCUCAAAAGGACCAACAAGAAACAGCACUACAAAUCAGAGGUAAUCGUCCCGGUCAAGGCCAGUGCCCAUUCUCACUGCCGCAGUGGGCAGACUGGAGUCUGUUUGAUCAUGUGAUCUGCAGAACCGCCAUUAUUGCAUCACUGUAUUUUUAAGAAUUGGUCUUGGGCGUUCCUCUGCCCCUCCAAGGCAGACCUUCAACCUGCUGAUAAGGGAACGGGGAGCAUCCUCGGUGAGAGAGAAAGAGCAACAGAGGCCCUCGGGGUGAGCCUCAGCAGGGAAAGGGAUCUCUGUCCAGGCCCAAGCAGCAAGUGUCCUCAGGCUCAGCUCCCCUGCCUGACCCCUCUGCCAUUGGUGUAUCUGGCUAGCUGCCUCUUGGGUCCCCGGCCCGGGUGAAACUUGGUGGGCUUGGCCACGCUGUGCCAUUUGUUCCAAUCAAAGCCAUAUGGGCGCCCCCCUCUGCCCCGCUUUCCCCAGCCCCCAGGCUGUGUGAUCUCACCAACCCGGCCUUAGGCUAUGGUUCUCAGUUGCCCCCCCUCUCCCUGACCCAUGUGCAGGUUUUCCUUCUGGUGUUUUCUUGGUUUCUACCGAAGCCCCUGCCCCUGCCCCAGCUCCUCCCUCUGCGAUCCUGCUUCCCUGGCCGCAGAUGUGUAUUUAGUGUUCUGCUUAAUAAAAAUGGACAUAUUUUUCUCUA